GUUCGGAUCGAAUCAACUUAGACCCUCGCUCCAUCAAGAGCCAAAAGAAGAGAUAGAUUGCUCUUCAAGAUCCGAUCUUGAUCGCCAGGCGUAUCGCAUAGAGAACGCUGGGAGGUCAUGGUUCAUCAAUCUUGAUCUAGGUCGUCAAGACAUCUCCCGCAAUCGCCAUCAAGACCUACUUUUCAUAAUCAAAUAGAGCGAUACCAACUCCAUCAUGCGGCUCGCACUCCUCUUCUUCCUAUCCUCCCUGAACACGGUGGCCGCCUCGAUCUACUCGCCCAGCAUAUCACGAUGCGGCGUGAGCUCGAGCGAUACCGACCCGUCCAGCUUGAUCAACAUCAGUCAAGCCUGGGCCCAGAUCUUCCCUCCGGCUCGGGCCAAGGAGCUCUCACUCGCCGGAUCGGAGAGUGGCAAGAACGUCUUGCGGAUCAACUUGAUAGGGGAGACGGGCUCGGAUUUGGUCGGGUUCAGUAAUGAGACUGGCAAGCUAGCGACCCUCUUCCAAAAGACCGAAGACCUCACGUUCAACGUCUGGUCAACAGCCACCUUUCUCUGCAACUCGCUCUUCCCCGCAUCCCCUCUCCCUUACCCCUACAUUCCUCAGAACACGACCUACUGCCCCCUCUCCGCCGGUCCCCUCGCUAUCAACAUCUCCGUACCCCUCUCACACCAUUUCGGACUAGCCACCCUGGAAAACGAAUUCCGUAUCGUCGACUCCUCCGUGCCCGCCCGGGAACUAGCUUGUAUCCGGUUCGAACUCUCCCCCUAUUACCCUUCCGACUGGUACUGGUCCAUGAUCCUCUGGAUCCCCGCAGGUCUCGCUAUCGGGUACUGGAUCUCUUCCUGGGCAGGUCGGUUCGCCGCAGGGUGGGUCGUCGGCAAGGUCGGCGAUUCUUCUGCCGGUGAAGACGAUGUCGACGCCCGGGUAGGCUUGUCUAGCAGUGGCGGAUCGGGCGGACGGUCGGGAGGAGGGAGAAAGUGGGGGACGAUGUUGGUCAGCGGGUUGAGCGGAGAACGACUCGGAGUGAGCGGAGGUUUAUUGCGGUUCAUCACACCCGGGUUUAGGGAUGUCAUCUGGCAUCUCCAGUUCAUCAGCGUGCUCGGGAUGACGGCCGUUCAGUGGCCCAAUUUCGCUUACCCCAUCCUAGCCACCACUUCGUGGUCCAACCUGGUCGGCAACGUCACACUCGUCCAGGGCGACAAUCCCGAGUCGAAGCGACGGGACCUACUCGCCAUCCGACCAUCUCCUAUUCCCGAAAACUUUGUCGACCAAUUCAAUUCGCUCGACUCGCCGCUCCACAUGGACUCGUCGGCUUCCAACAUGUUCAUGAACAUGCGCAACUCGGCCAGCGGGCUCGAAUCGUAUGCCACCGCCAUCGGCCUGCGAUCCAGGGACAUGUACGGGACCUGCGUGGCUUUGUUCCUCGCCAUCGCCGCGGGCAUCAUCGGUUUCAGCUUGCUCUUCUGGAUCGGACACGCUAUCGUCGACGUCUUGUUCUUGAGCGGCAGUUCACGUCAGAGCAAUAACAACAACCCCGCCAUCCAUCUCGCUGCUACCACGACGGGCACGGCUCAGAGCAGGAAGAGCAUGGGAGGUGGACAUCGAGCUAGCGAGAGUUAUUCGUAUUCCGAAUACGACAUGUCUCUGGGUAAAAAGUCUGGCGUCGAGUCUGUUCCGCCUACUCCGGGAGCUUCCUCUGCGCUCAACUUUGGCGCAGGAAUCGCCUCGAGCGGUCCGUCACAAGCGACUCGUCAGACAAGGUGGAAAAAGGGCUGGGCCAAGUUCAAGCUCAAGGGGCCUAUGGGCGCGUUCCAUUUCGCCGCUUUGUGUGGCAACCUCGUCCGUAUCUUGAUUCUGUUUCACUUGCCCCUGACCUUAUUCUCGGUUUACCAAUGGACGAUCAGGGACGUGGCAUCGCUCGCCUCGGUCAUCCUUUCCGCCCUCACGUUCGCGGUCUUCUCGGUCCUGCUGCCUAUCUACCUGUUGAUUCAGGUAUCGACAACCCCCACUGCCAAGCUCUACGAUGCCAUGCGAACCUUGCUCUCGCUCGGACCGCUCUACAAUAUCUACGCACAGGGAAACCAGCUCUAUCAGGCCCUUCGAUUCGUCGCCAGUCUCGCUACCGGUAUCGCGAUCGGAGCGGGUCAGAAGAACGGUACCGCCCAGGCCGUCGUCUUGUUAGUCAUUGAGAUCGCGUUCGGUCUCGUGACUACCAUCUGGCAGCCAUGGAGGCCGGGAGCCGGGAUGGUCGUCCCUGGUUUCCUCUUUACCGUCAUCAGGAUCGCCUCGACUGUACUGCUCCUGAUCAUGAGUCCGGCAAUCAACAUUGGUCACGCCGUAUCCGGCUGGAUAGCCUACACUAUUCUCAUUCUCCAGGGUGUCGCUUUGCUGGCUUUCCUGGUCAUGCUGCUAUCCAAGGUCAUGGAAGGUCUCAUCCGGCUCUUUGGCAACGUCAAAUUCGCAGACUCGACGCACGCCCUGGAUGGCGGACUGUUCGCAGCAUUCGGUGGCUUGUCGCAGGCGAGUCGACGUAAACGACGCAAGGCUGGCAAAGCUUCGACUAUCAAUCGAGAUUCGAUGGCGGGCUCAGUCAACACGCAGAUGAUGCUCGAUCGGUUCUCGACGCAUACCACCGCGGGACCGAUCUCACCCGAUGGAAUUGGCAACACGGGUUACUUCCCUGGGCAAACGCCGGGUGGGUGGCCGGUACUUCGCAGUCCCAACACUGGUUACGCUCCGGUAGACUCGUCUCACGAAGAGGUGUUGCAAGACGAGACGGCACCUCGAGGCUUCUCCGUUAUCCGAGGCGGCAAGGCCACGUACAAAGACCCGUACCGAAGCGUACCCGCGGACGCUGGACCCUCUACGCCCAACGACUUUAGCUAUCAACUCCGGCCGAUCCUAUCUCCAACGCAGACGAGUCGUCAAGGAGCGGGUCCUUCCGGACGGCACUCUCGAACGAAGUCGCAAACGGCCGUUAUCGAGAGCCUCCCGUCGUCGCAUUCGGACUCUCCCAAGAGCAUGUAUCCGCCGCUCGGUGGUUCUGGCGAAAACACACCGACCUGGAGUCCGACCACGACGCCCACGGCUGAAUCCUUUUUCGCUCGAGACUUUGCUCGACCUGCGGCGUCGCAAAGGAAUCCCCGGGACGAACGACAGCAGGUCGAGUCGCCCACGUCUGAACAGGGCGAGUCUGGGAAGCGGUCGCGACCCACGAGCUGGUUUGGACUGGGCAGCAGGAGAAACACACAGGUGGACUCCGACGAAGAAGAGGAGCUAGACGAUUACGGCGCCAGAGUCGAUCCAGAGCCUUCUCGGCACGGCAACUGGUUCUCGUCUCUCGGUCUUAGCAGUGACAAACGGACUCGCUCGAGCGUGGACGAGCAACGAGUCGACGAAAACGCUUUGCGCAAGAGCAACGAUGUCGUGCUCAAUGACGAACCAAACACGCGGUCGUUCAAGGUCAACCGCAACAAGUCGUCAUCCACUAGUCGCACGUCGCAAUCGGUACCACCUUCGCCGACGGUCGUUACCAUGCCCGACUUGCCGCAAGAGGCGUUGAGGCAGGCAUCGCAACCUCAACGAAGCUUUGUCGUCAAACGAGCCAAUCAGUCGGGUCAGAACAGCGCCAAUGCGUCUCAGCAGGCUUCUCCCGUUGGUCUGCCCGCCGCGCUACCUAUCGCCCUCGACGCCAACAAGCCUGAGCCGACCGGCAAGAGCUUUGUCGUGAACCGACAGAACCGACCGGGGCCAGCCGUCUCUUUUGCACCGCCAACGAGCUGGAACCCCCCUCCCUCGUCGCGAUAACGAUCGAUAGGACAGAUG